UUUUUGUUUUUUCAAAAAAAGAAAAAAGAAAAGGAAAAGCACGCAACCGCCAUUUCUAUGUGAUGCAGUUGUUGCAAUCCACCUGCCAUUCAACCCCGAGAGCGAGCUGUCAUUCUUCUGAAGAGUCUCGUUUUCUUUCUCGGUCAUGAUUUUUCCACAUUCUUACUUAGCAAUUCCCGCAAACAUUGGGGUUUUGCAUUCAACUUUCUCGCACUUUUCUUUCAAUCUCGGUUUCCAGAAAUUCUCAAAUUCCCAAUUCCACUCCAAAAUUCUACCUCCAUUUUACUCUCUUUAAUUUCAUCUAUUGCACCAGGUUAGGGUUUUGAGAUGAAAUGAAAACGUGGAGUUGGCGAAUUUGAAAAAAACAAAACAAAAGGAAAAAGCACAUCUUUCUUCUUUGGUGUGGAGUAUGGGUAUGGCGGAUUCGGAGGCAAACCGUGUGGCUGAAGAAACGUUCCCUGAUAUGCUGAAGAACACGCCGUCGAACAUCCGGAGAUUGGAAGAUGAGAUUGAGCAGUGUAAGGGCCACCAGAAGUAUCUAGCGCAGACUAGAAGCCCGUCCGAUGGUAGCGAUGUUCGAUGGUACUUUUGCAAAGUCCCUUUGGCAGUGAAUGAGAUGGCUGCUUCAGUCCCUCGCACUGAGAUAGUGGGAAAAGGCGACUAUUUUCGUUUUGGUAAGAGAGACUCUCUGGCAAUUGAGGCAUCUUUUUUGCAGAGGGAGGAAGAGUUGCUUACUUGUUGGUGGAGAGAGUAUGCGGAAUGUAGCGAAGGUCCAAAAGAGCGACCUAGUUCCAGUAAGAAGGUGGCUGAGCGGGAAAUUUUAUCUUCUCUAGAGAGGGGUCGGUCAGCUGAAUUAUAUAAAGUGGAAGAAGAAAGAGUUGGUGUUCCUGUUAAGGGAGGGCUUUAUGAGGUAGAUUUAGUGAAGCGGCAUUCUUUCCCUGUCUAUUGGGAUGGAGAAAACCGGCGCGUCUUAAGAGGUCACUGGUUUGCUCGUAAAGGGGCUGAUUGGUUGCCACUUCGUGAAGAUGUUUCUGAACAAUUGGAGAUUGCUUAUCGUAGGCAGGUUUGGCACCGGCGAACGUUUCAGCCGUCUGGACUUUUUGCAGCUCGGGUUGAAUUGCAAGGCUCUACCCCUGGACUGCAUGCGCUUUUCACAGGAGAAGAUAAUACUUGGGAGGCUUGGCUCAAUAUAGAUGCUUCUGGUUUUUCUAGUAUCAUUACUUUAGGUGGAAAUGGAAUGAAGUUAAGGCGUGGAUAUUCUGCAUCUUACUCUUCAAAACCCACCCAGAAUGAAUUACGACAGCAGAAGGAGGAGGAAAUGGAUGAUUAUUGCUCAGCGGUUCCUGUUCGACACCUUGUGUUCAUGGUUCAUGGAAUUGGUCAAAGAUUGGAGAAAUCCAAUUUAGUUGAUGAUGUUGGUGAAUUUCACCAUAUAACUGCAAGUCUUGCUGAAACACACCUUACUUCACGCCAACGUGACACUCAAAGGGUUCUUUUUAUCCCAUGCCAGUGGAGAAAGGGCUUGAAGCUUAGUGGUGAAACUGCAGUCGAAAAAUGUACUUUAGAUGGUGUGAAGGGUUUGCGUGUCAUGCUGAGUGCAACUGUUCAUGAUGUGUUAUACUACAUGAGUCCCAUAUACUGUCAGGACAUUAUCAACGCGGUAUCCAACCAAUUAAAUCGGUUAUAUUUGAAAUUUCUUAGGAGGAAUCCAGGUUAUGAUGGAAAGGUUUCCAUAUAUGGUCAUUCUCUGGGAAGUGUCCUCUCUUAUGAUAUCCUUUGUCAUCAGGAGAAUUUGUCAUCCCCAUUUCCAAUGGACUGGAUGUUCAAAGAACAUGAUAGAGAUGGAGAAUCUUCACCUGGUGUGGACAAUCAAUCUACAUAUGACACUCCGACUAAUUUGGGAGAUACAUUCGCUUUUGUAAAUGAUCAAACUGAUGACAUGAUGGGUUUUAAUGAUGAAAAUAUGAGUGCACAACCAACUCUUCUGAUACAUGAGGAUGGAAAUGCUAAAGAUGCCUCGACUGUUGUGGGUCACGAAACAUCAGAUUCUAACGAUUUUGUUGCAAAGUCUGUGGACUUGAAACAACCACAUGGUAAUAAAGAUGUGCAUGAAUCAGUUUGCGAAUCGAGCAACAUGCUUAAAUGGGAUGGCUCGGGUGAAACUACAAGCAUAAACUGUGGAGUACCAGUUGGUGGUGUAGAGAAAGUGGUUGAAGAAGUAUGCGAAGAAACGAGCAAUAAAGACAAAGUAGUCGAAUUGCUGAGGGAAGAGAUUGAUACCCUAAAGUCCAAAAUAGCAGAAUUGGAAGCCAAAUGUGGUGGUAGAGAUACUAGUCCAGGGUCGUAUCGAGAAAAUGAUGAAGUUCUUGCAACUAUUCCAAAGCAGCCCUUAUCUGAGAAAUUGCCCCCUGAGGGAGAUGGGUCACCAAAGAGUUAUACCCCUUAUAUCAACUACACAAAACUUGAAUUCAAGGUUGAUACAUUCUUUGCAGUUGGAUCACCCCUUGGGGUCUUCCUUGCCCUUCGUAACAUUCGUAUUGGGAUUGGAAAGGGGAAAGAAUAUUGGGGAGAGGAAAACACAAGUGAGGAGAUGCCAGCUUGUCGGCAAUUGUUCAACAUAUUUCACCCCUUUGAUCCUGUUGCAUAUAGAAUUGAACCGCUUGUGUGUAAAGAAUACAUCAGCAAGCGACCUGUUAUCAUACCCUACCACAAAGGUGGAAAGAGGUUGCAUAUUGGGUUUCAGGAAUUCACUGAAGAUUUAGCUGCUCGUUCUCAAGCAAUAAUGGAUCAUAUAAACUCUGUAAAGGUUAAAGUGCUGACAGUUUGCCAGUCAAGAAACGCGGAUAGCCUUGAAGAUACAGCAGAAACAGCCGAAGAAAAGGAAGAGAGAUCGUACGGUACUCUUAUGAUGGCAAGAGUAACCGGAAGUGAAGAAGGAAGGAUUGAUCAUGUUCUUCAAGACAAGACAUUUGAGCAUCCAUAUAUUUCUGCAAUCGGAGCACAUACAAACUAUUGGAGGGAUUAUGAUACUGCCCUUUUCAUAUUGAAACACUUGUACCGAGGUAUACAUAAAGAUAACUUACCUGAGAAGUCAGGUAUGGUAAACUCAAAAAAGGAGAGUAGUUACGCAAGGUGGUCUGGUCAUGGGCAGACGGUAGAUGAGGAGCUUCCUUUGACAUUCUCUGAAAGAAGAUGAAGAUGCUACAGGAGGUGGUUGCAGCAGGUAUUAAGCCAGUUAGAGUUAUCGUUAGGCCAUUUUUUCCAUGACCAAUUGGGUCACUGAAAGUGAUGCACCAUUACACCUGGAACUCCUUCAAGAACCCAAGUUACAAUGCGAACAAAGUGUGUACUCGUAGCUUCCCUCCCUAAUGAGAAGUGUGGGAUAGGUUGGUCAGGGUGGAGGGUUCGUGCUCGUAUUAAAUUAUAGGUGCACAUUCCACAUCUCUUUUUUUCUGUUUAUCCGUGUACAUAUAAAGAAACAUCAUCUUACAUGCUGAACAAAUCAGUUUUAAAAUCAGUUUUAGAGGAAUAUGUAUGGUUUGUAGUGGAAUUGUGCAAACUCCGGUGACGAGAUGUCUAUAGAUUAUUAAGUUAAGAAUGUAUGUA